ACCACCACCCUGACCUGCUGUAAGUGAAACGUUGCCGGAUUGAUUCCUGCGUUCCUGAUGAGGGCUGUACACACUGUAGGGAGAAUUAGAGGAAAUAACAGAGCACAACAAACAAGAAGCGCUUAGAGAAUAACAAGAAAGCGUCGUUUUUCUUUGCUUCUGCUGCCGCUGCUGCGUUUCCGGACUACCUUCACCGGGGAGAGGAUGCUGCAUCCCCGGAAUCGCUGCCCUCCGCUCAUUAUCCGCACAGUCUCCUCAGUUACGUUUCACUGUGAUUAACGAGUGUCGGGAGUAAAAGACGACGUGCGAACAAGACAAGGAGCAGAAAUUUGGAGUGAACAUUAAGAAGGUUUUCAUUGAGCAUCCGCGAGAGAAUUUUUUUGCGCGCUGCCCGCUUCAGUCGCAUCACUGCCGACUUGUGUUAGACGCAAAGGAGAGGGUAAAAAAAAGACACACUUGAUAUUCUCCUCUCUGUUAAAUUAUUUAGGAGUAUCUGUUCCUCAAGCCCAACAUAUGCUCGUAUCUUUGUCUUACAUGAUUGUAAAUCAAGGCUCGAAGUGGCGGUGACACGGAUGAAAGCCGAUGGCCAGGCGCCCCGAAUUUCAUCAGAAGGGGGAUGCAACCUAGAAUAACCCCAGUGUCAAAUGGUAAGAGCGCAGCUUAUGUCGAGAAUCCGUGCACUUGCUCAGAAGUGGAGAAAAAAAACUGUGAGUUUCUGCAGCUCUCGUAAGGUCUGUUGAUGUGAAUUAUCCCUGCAGCUUUCCACGCAACGCAAGGCAAAGAAGACCCGAAUCUCGACACGUUACGGGGCGAGUGUAUACUGCUGCGGCUGCGGACUGAGACAGCUACACACACCGCGGUUGAGAGCAUUGCUUUCUGUCACACUUCUCUGAAGUCAGGGUGAAGGGCGCAUGCAUAGUUGGCGCAUUGUAACUAUAACGCGCCUCAGGUUUCUCCUGAGACUGUCCCUCCUCCUGACCUCUUACGCACUGGAAGCCCGGACACUGGUGACUUUUUAAUGGCUUUUGUGUUCAGAAGAUGGAGGGUGUUACUGGUGCUGAACGUGCUCGCGGUUGCCGGGUUCAUUACUUUCUGGGCCAAGUGCAACAACGCACGCAGCAUCCAGACCACCGGUCCAGAGGCCGCGGGUGAUGGGAAGAGAGCCCGGGGCAACGGGACGGCACAGGGGCCCAGCGUCAGCCAUGAGGUGCUGCUGAAAAGGCUCAGCUCUCUGGAGGACGUGGUGUACAGGCAGCUAAACGGUCUGUCCAAAUCUCUGGGCCUGAUUGAGGGCUUUGGGGGUCGGGGUAAAGGCGGCCUCCCCGCCACGCUGUCACCGGCUGAGGAGAGUGACGCUAAAUACCUUAGGGAGAAGUACGGCUAUAAUGCCUACCUCAGUGACAGAAUUUCUCUGGACCGCACAAUACCAGACCAUCGGCCUAGCAAAUGUAGAAAGGUCAGCUACUCAAGAGACCUUCCCCAAAUCUCCCUCAUCUUCAUCUUCGUCAACGAGGCUCUGUCGGUGAUCCUGCGCUCAGUCCACUCAGCUGUCAAUCACACACCGGCACACUUGCUCAAGGAGGUCAUCCUGGUGGACGACAACAGCGAUGACGAGCAACUGAAAGGUCCACUGGAGGAGUAUGUGAACAAACGCUAUCCCGGCCUGGUGAAGAUUGUAAGGAACCAAAAGAGAGAGGGAUUGAUCAGGGCCAGGAUCGAGGGUUGGAAGGUAGCCACUGCUGAGGUGACAGGAUUUUUUGAUGCCCAUGUGGAGUUCACCCCAUCAUGGGCAGAACCAGUUCUAGCUAGAAUAAAAGAAAACCACAAGAGGAUUAUCUUGCCGUCAAUCGACAACAUCAAGCACGAUACCUUUGAGGUGGAGCGCUAUGAGAACUCUGGCCAUGGCUACAACUGGGAACUGUGGUGCAUGUACAUUAAUCCACCCAAAGAGUGGUGGGAGGAGGGAGACAUGUCUGCACCAAUAAGGACGCCUGCCAUGAUUGGAUGCUCCUUUGUGGCCAAUCGGGACUACUUUGGAGAACUCGGUCUACUCGACUCAGGCAUGGACGUCUACGGAGGGGAGAACAUCGAACUAGGCAUCAGGGUGUGGCUGUGUGGAGGCAGUAUGGAGGUGCUGCCUUGCUCCAGAGUGGCUCAUAUUGCACGAAUGAAGAAACCUUACCACAGUAACAUAGCUUUCCACACACGCCGUAAUGCCCUGCGUGUGGCAGAGGUCUGGAUGGAUGAGUACAAGUCCAAUGUCUACCUGGCCUGGAACAUCCCCAUGGAGAACCACGGUAUUGAUUACGGAGACAUAUCACAGAGGGUUGCACUGAGGAAGAGUCUGCAAUGUAAGAGCUUUCACUGGUACCUAGACAACGUUUACCCAGAGAUGAGGAGGUACAACGAUACGCUGUUCUACGGUGAGGUCCGCAAUUCUAAAGCAAGCCACCUGUGUAUGGAUCAGGGUGUGAAGGAGAACCACACAGCCACCCUGCACCCAUGCCAUGGGUGGGGUCCUCAGUUAGGACGCUACACUAAAGAAGGUCAGCUGUUUCUGGGACCCCUAGGCAGCACUGGUGAGGACACUCGUUGUGUGGUGGACGAUCAGAUGAGCAACUUUCCUCAGCUCCUCAAUUGUGAAAAGGUGACCAACGUGAAACAGAAGACAUGGCAUUUCUCUCAGAACGAAUCGAUCAUAAAUCGGGCUACUGGACGCUGUCUGGAGGUGGUGCCGGCUAAUGUUUACUUCGGCCACCUGCUGGUCCUGCAGCCCUGCUCGGGGCAGAGGUGGACCAUCAAGAACACUAUGAAGCAGUGAUCGCCUGGCCAGUUUCAUUGGGACCAAUUACAAAGGCUAUUUCCAAGAGCUGUCACCUGACGUUACCUUGGCCAGUGGACAAUCAAUGAUGCUGGGGCUCCUUAGCUUUUGAAAUAAGACUCAAAAAUAGAUGGCUUUAAGGAGACGAGUGAUGAGGUGGUUUGGAAACAAUUGAUGUUUUUUUGUUUUUGUUAGUUUUUUAAAAAAACAUGGACAUUCAACGUGGUGAAAGUUUAGCAUGAGGACCAUUUCUCUAUAUGAAUUUUACAAACUUUCAAUGUGAUGUUGCCAUAAUUCCUGUGUGCCACUUCUUUACAGUGUUUAAGUUUUAGUAGACAUUUAAUCGACCAAAAGAGUGUUUUUUCUUAUGUGAAGGGGAAAAAAAGUUUCCAUCUUCCAUCAGUCUUUCUGCAAUAUUUCAUUCUUACUGACGUACUUUGUCUUUUGAGAUAUUAAAAAAACAAAACAAUAAAAUACCUGGAAUUAAAUUUCAGUUAUAUGCACUGAUCAAACUACAUUUGUAGUUUUCAACAUCAUGAAGGUUUUAGUCUAUAGCUGCGGUCCUCAACCUUUUUUGUGCCACGGACCGGCCCUAAAUAACUAAAAUGUGU